ACAGAUCACUUUCCACCCACCCCCUUAUCCCCACUGUACACUGUCGUAAGCCCGAAAUUCCCAACCCCCCCCCCCUCGCGGUCACACACUCAGAGCCACUUCCCAACUGUACUCUCUUCGGACGCACGGCACUCUGCUUGUUUCAUCACAUCUCCACAGCCUAGCACUUUCUCCUCUAGCCCCUCAAGAUGCCUGUUGAGCUCCGCAAGCGCAAGGCUCCUCCGCCAGCACCCGAGCCUCCCAAGAAAAAGGCAGCCAAGGUCGUAGCCAAGGUCAAGGAGGCCAUCAAGGGCAAGACUGGUGAGCCUGCCAAGGCAGAGGCGCCCACCAAGACCAAUGGGGCCGCCUCCAAGAAGGUCGCGGUCGGCGACAGCAUCGACCUUGCCACUUAUGGCGGUGAGGUCACCCUCAACGACGGGACCACCACGACUCUUGCCUCCCUCGUUGAGAAGUCUGGAUCUGGAGUCGUCCUCUUCACCUACCCCAAGGCCUCGACGCCGGGCUGCACCAACCAGGCCUGCCUGUUCCGCGACUCGUAUGAGCCCCUGACCGCUGGUGGUCUCGCCAUCUACGGCCUCUCCCGGGACUCGCCCAAAAGCAACACCACCUUCAAGGAGAAGCAGAAGCUGCCCUACCCCCUGCUGUGCGACCCCAAGGCCAGCCUGAUCUCCGCGAUCGGUCUGGGCAAGGGCCCCAGCAGCACCCAGAGGGGCGUCUUCGUGGUGAAUAAGGCGGGCAAGGUGCUUCUGGCCGAGCCUGGCAGCCCGGCUGGGACCGUCCAGGCUGUGAAGAAACUGGUCGAGUCAGGUGUUGUGAACGGUGCCGCUCCCGAGGUGGAGAAGGAGAAGAAAGAAGAGGAGAAGACCAACGGUGAUGCGGUUGAGGAGGCCAAGGUGGAGGAGUCUGAGGAGAAGAAGAAGAAGGAGGAGAAGGAGGAGAAAUGAGGAGCUGCGGCCCCUUAAGGCCUGCGUCUUGUCCAUGUCUGACAAGAGACUGAUCGUUGCAACAGGAUAGGACUGGGGACGCCAUCUGUCUUUUCAGUAUCGCUUUGCUGCUUUGCUGGUAGGAAUAGAAUGCCGAUCUUGGCCCAGACUGGGGCAACUCUUGUUAGCAGUGUACUGUACUAUACGAUCAUGAGCCUGUUCAUCUACUUAGUAUUCUAAAUCUUGAGGAUUAUGUACUGUCU